AUGCUGAGACACGUUGCCCCAUCUCCUCCUCCUCCUCCUCCUCCUCCUCCUCCUCCCCUCUCCUAUUCUCCCGACAUUGCGCCCUCAGACUAUCAGUUAUUCGAGCUUUUCAAGGCUUUCGUAGCUAAGAAAAUCUUCACUAAGUUUGAAGAAGUAAAACAAGCGAUCAGCGACUUCUUCGACUCCCAGUCUCCCCAGUUCUGGGAGAAAGGGAUUGCUGACCUGCACAUUAGCGCUGAUGAAUGUGUUGCUUGGGCACACGUUAUGCUGCCACAAGCCAUAUUCAGCGGAGAAACUAUCGAUGACUACUACUCGUUAAGUGGUCAACAGGGAGAGGGAAAAGAAGGAAUGAUCCAUCUUAUUAUUUCAUUUGCUCCAGUGGACGCUACUUUAUCAGCGGCGGCUAUUUUACCCUCCACUGCUUCCCCACCACUACCAGUGGAGAUUACCGCUGAAGACACGAAAGAAUUAGAAGUGAUGUUCCCAGGAGUGGACAGAGAAGUUAUCAGAUGUGUCCUCGAAGAAAGUAGAGGUGACAAGGAUGCCACUGUAAGCGUUCUCCUAGAAAUGAGCAGAAAUGAGUGA